AUGUGGCUGCGGCCCGAGGAGGUGCUGCUGAAGAACGCGCUCAAGCUCUGGGUCACCCAGAAGAGCAGCGGCUACUUCGUCCUCCAGCGGCGGCGCGGACACGGGGACGGCGGGGGCCGCUUCACCGGUCGUCUGGUGGGUGCCCUGGAUGCAGUGCUAGAUUCUAACGCACGCGUUGCUCCAUUUCGAAUUUUACUUCAAGUUCCAGGAUCACCAGUUUACUCUGCCAUAGCAUGUGGUGAGUUAUUGAAUGGAUCAGAAGUUUACUGGGCCAUAGCUGCUGGUGCCACUCUAGAGGAGAUAAAUCAGCACUGGGAGUGGCUGGAGCAAAACUUACUCCAUACUUUGUCUGUUUUUGAUAAUAAAGAAGAUAUUGUUAGUUUUGUCAAAGGGAAAGUAAAGGCAUUGAUAGCAGAAGAGACCAGGAGUAAAGUAGCAGAGCAGGAGGAGGAUCCUGAGAAGUUUCGAGAGGCGCUAGUGAAAUUUGAAGCCAGAUUUAACUUCCCUGAAGCAGAGAAGUUAAUUACCUAUUAUUCAUGCUGCUGCUGGAAGGGUAAAGUUCCUCGUCAAGGCUGGCUUUAUCUGAGCAUCAAUCACCUCUGUUUUUAUUCCUUCUUCCUAGGCAAAGAAUUAAAACUCCUAGUUCCCUGGGUUGAUGUCCAGAAACUGGAAAGAACCUCCAAUGUCUUUAUGACUGAUAUCAUCCGUAUCACCACUUCAAGUAAAGAACGAGACUUCUCCAUGUUCCUUAAUAUUGAUGAGGCAUUCAGGAUAAUGGAGCAGCUGGCAGACGUAACGCUCCGAAGGCUACUAGAUAAUGAGAUCUUUGAACUGGAUCCAGGUCUCCAGGAUCCUACUCAGAUUACAAAAAGGGAUCUCGAAGCUAGAGCACAGAGUGAGUUCUUUCGGGCCUUUUUCAGACUGCCGGGGAAGGAGAAGCUACAUGAAGUUGCAGACUGUUCUCUGUGGACUCCAUUUAGUCGCUGUCACACAGCAGGAAGGAUGUAUACUUCAGACAGCUAUAUCUGUUUUGCCAGCAAAGAAAGUGGGUGUUGCAAUGUUCUCAUCCCCCUUAGAGAGGUGGUUAGUAUAGAGAAGAUGGAGGACACUAGUCUCCUUCCCAGUCCCAUCAUUAUUAGUAUAAAGAGCAAGAUGGCCUUUCAGUUCAUUGAGCUGAAGGACAGAGAGAGCUUGGUGGAGAACCUGCUUCUGAGACUAAAACAAGUCAACACCAGCAACCCAGUGCACUAUAACUGCUUGGAAAAAAAAGAAACGAACUCUCUCGUGUUUCAUUCGACAUGUGUGUUCAGUGACUGUGAGUCCCGGGAUUUGGGAAUGGUGGCUUCCCAAAGCGAAGACAAGAGUGAAGGUGAAAAGGAGAGCAAUCACUUGUUAAAUGCAGAGGCACUACGAUCAGUCUUUCACCAGUCCGGAGCUGAAGGGAGUGACUUCAGGAUGUCCAGGGAACAAAUAAAAGAAAGACUGUGGAAUGACCAUUUUGCAGAAUAUGGCAGAACUGUGUGCAUGUUUCGCACAGAGAAGAUUAGAAAACUUGUUGCAAUGGGAAUCCCAGAAUCUUUACGAGGCAAGCUCUGGCUCCUCUUUUCAGAUGCUGUGACUGAUCUUGCCUCCCAUCCUGGUUACUACGGAAAUUUAGUGGAGGCGUCAAUGGGCAAGUGUUGCAUGGCAACGGAGGAGAUUGAACGGGACCUGCAUCGCUCAUUGCCUGAGCACCCAGCCUUCCAGAAUGAAACUGGGAUAGCAGCCUUGAGGAGAGUUCUGACAGCUUAUGCACAUAGGAACCCCAAAAUAGGAUACUGCCAGUCUAUGAAUAUAUUGACCUCUGUGUUGUUGUUGUAUGCCAAAGAGGAGGAAGCUUUUUGGCUGCUGGUUGCUGUGUGUGAGAGGAUGCUGCCAGAUUACUUUAAUCACCGAGUGAUAGGUGCUCAGGUAGACCAGUCAGUCUUCGAAGAGCUUAUAAAGGAGCGACUUCCAGAACUGGCUGAACACAUGAAAGAUCUGUCCACCUUGGCUUCCAUUUCCCUUUCAUGGUUCCUUACCCUGUUCCUCAGCAUCAUGCCCCUAGAAAGUGCUGUGAAUGUCGUAGACUGCUUCUUCUACGAUGGAAUCAAAGCCAUUUUCCAGUUGGGCUUGGCUAUUCUUGAAGCCAAUGCAGCAGAACUAUGUAACAGCAAGGAUGAUGGACAUGCCUUGAUGAUUCUUAGCAGGUUUUUAGAUCACGUUCAAAAUGAGGAAAGCCCUCUACCUCCAAUCGGUAAUCACCAUGCAUUUUUUAGCGAUGAUCAGGAGCCCUGUCCAGUGACUGAAAUAGCUGACCUGAUCCGUGAUUCCUAUGAGAAAUUCGGAGACCACUCUGUGGAACAGAUAGAGCAUAUGCGCUAUAAACACAGGAUUCGUGUUCUACAAAACCAUGAGGAUACAACCAAACAAAAUGUGCUCAGAGUUGUCAUCCCAGAUGUUUCAAUUCUUCCUGAAGAUUUAGAGGAACUAUAUGACUUGUUUAAGAGAGAACAUCUAAUGAGCUGCUACUGGCAAGGGAUGAGACCUGUAAUUCUGCGACAUGACCCAAGUCGGCCUUAUGCUGAGCAGUACAGAAUAGACUCUCAGCAGUUCACUAACCUUUAUAAACUUGUCUCACCAUGGACGUGUGGGGAACACACUCAAAUUGUAGCUGAAAGAACAUUCCGACUUCUGGAUGAAAAUAUGGACCAUCUCAUCGAAUUCAAAGGAUUUGCUAGCUGUUUAGAUGUUAUGUAUAAUGGAGAAAUGAAUGAAAAGAUAAACCUGUUAUACAGGCUGCACAUCCCUCCUGCUCUCACAGAAAAUGAGAAAGACAGUCAGUCACCACUGAAGAAUCCUUUAUUGUCUACUUCGAGGCCACUAGUAUUUGGAAAAACAAAUGGUGAUACAGUAGAUUACCAGAAGCAACUGAAGCAGAUGCUUAAAGAUUUAGCCAAAGAGAAGGAUACUAAAACUGAAAAAGCAAUGCCAAAAAUGAGCCAGAGGGAAUUCAUCCAGUUCUGCAAAACCUUGUACAGCAUGUUUCAUGAAGAUCCAGAGGAAAACUCUUUAUAUCAAGCCAUUGCCACUGUGACCACUUUACUACUUCAGAUUGGAGAAGUGGGUCAAAGAAGUAGCAGCUUGGGGAGUGGAUCAGAUGAAUUUACUGAGGAUGUACAGUCUGAGGCCUCGGCCUCAGACCAGGAUACUGUUUUUACUGACACUGUGAAGACUACUCAUAAAGAGACUCCAUCUUUACCUGUGACUGAGGGGAACUGGAUUAUCUCCUUCGAACAAAUUUUAGCAUCACUUUUGACUGAACAGUCACUCGUAAAUUUCUUUGAAAAGCCUUUAGAACUGAAACCAAAACUGGAGAAUGCAAAGCUAAAUCAAUACUGUCUCAAAACAAAUGGAAUGAGUGACCAGUCACUAGCUGAACACAUGAAACUAAAUACACAGUAG